ACGCAACUGACAUCCAGUUUGCACCAGAGUAAUAGCUUCAUUCCAACGUCUUCUACCCACGCCGACGUCCCCGUUAAAGUGAGCUGGCCGUACUGUCAACAAGGAAGUUUCGACGCCCGAGGAAAGCAAGCGGCUGUAGAAGCCUCAGGCAUAUCCCGUCUGCGAGUAAAGUAAAACUGGUAUGCAGGUUUUGCUUUUUUCGAGGACGAGGAGUGACGAGCAACUGUGGAAUACCGAGCGCUAUCCGAGCGACGGCAACGUGGUCCCCGAGUGAGGAAAAUCGUUCUUACAGACGCGCAUAAAACGAAGGCUGACGAGCAACGGGGAGUACGACAACUGGAGAAUGGUGCGCUCGGGAAAGCCGGUGGCCAUCACCGUCACCCUGGUCUACCUCUUGGCACUCUUUGGUUCCUACUGUCGAAUGGCUCCAGCGGUGGCUGGUGCGGCGAGAGGAUGGACCCUGGGCAGUGGACUCAAAUACAAACUCACUACUACGCUUCUUUUCAAAGAGGCCGGCCCUCCAAGGGCCGGAGGAGACGUCGGAUUUCAGCUUACCGGUGAACUCGCCGUGACCGCGGUGUGGAAGGACCCUAACGACGCGGACACCCUCCUGCUCAGAGUCGAGCUGCUGUCACCGCAGUUAUGGAUCAAGUCCCGUAAAGCACCAGAGCCGGAAGGUUUCAUCGAACACUCCUCGAGGCUGGACGAUAUUUCGAAAGGACCGGCCCUCGUCCUAUGGCAGAAGGGCGAACUGGGCACUCUGUAUCUUGACCCAUCGGACGAAGCGUCAACUGCAAACCUAAAACGAGGAUUAGUCAGUCUUUUCCAAUACCGGACUCUGGAUGGCGAUUACUUGGAGCACGAUGCGUCGGGACUUUGCAAUGUUACCUAUCUAUCCGGUGGACCGCACAGACUGAUGAAAGAAAAAACUUUCUGCGCGGACAAUUCGCUGCCCCCAAAGAAACAGCACUCAAGUCCGGUCUUUGGGGUGAAAGUGGAGAGCCUUCGCAGAGCAGAGUACGAUCUGAUCUCGGGUCUUUUGCCUAAAUCCAUUCUCAACGAAGAAAGACACGAGAUGAGCCUAGCAACUAAACCAGAAGCCAGCACUGCCGUCAGUUCGCAGCAACUUCUUGAGCUCGUCCCUGGGAAGUUGGAGGCAACACCUGUAGUCGCCGAAACUGUCAAGGAUGCCAUUGUUCUACUAGAACCCAGCUUCAGAGAAAGUUCCAUAAGCCUGCAAUUGGAGCCUCCUACGUGCCCCGAUGCCGGUUGCGUUACGCUGGGUCAAGUCCUCGAUCAAAAUCGUGCAGCACUCGCCGAAUCGGCUCUGGGAUCAACAAAAUCUGCCCUAGCAUUCCUUAAAGUUUUACCCUUGGUGAGGGAAGCUUCGAUCGACGACCUUGCCAAAGUUCUAAAGAGUCCUCGAUACCGAGAAAUAAAAGCUCAACUUUUGGACGUAGUAGGAUCAGCGGCUACACCGACAACCCACAAGGCAGCUAUGAAGUCUUUACGGCAAGACGAAAUCGGCGAUGAUACUGAGAGAUACUUGUGGGCGUUGUCCAUGGCACCAGUGCCGCAUCCAGACGUCGUCAAAGACGUAUUGAAAAGAUCAGAAGAGACGCAGCAGAACGAGAGACUAGCGGAAACCCUGGCCCUGACCGCAGCCGCUUUAGCAAGACAGGAGGGCUCUCCGGCGAUCAUCGAGAAUGCUAGGGUCAGUCUUGAAACCGGACUUGAUACUUGCACCGGGGAGGAGUGCAAGCUUCGCUUCUUGAGGGCAUUGAGAAACCUGCGGAGCAAAGCGGCCAUUCCAACGCUCCUCAAUUACGCCUUGAAUGGCACCAAGGCGACGAGCGUUGUCGCUUGGCGAGCCCUGGGAAAUCUGCAACGGGAACAUAUAAAUCCAGAGGUAAGAACCGCGGCGAAAAGAGUUUUCUAUCAGCUUGGAGGGCCUAGAAAAGACAGUAGCGCGAGGACUCUUGCUCUUGACAUCAUCCUCGAAACCAAACCGACAAAGGAUGAACUUCGGGGUCUAGUUGAGUACCUGGCAAACCAGGACCCAGCCUACGAAGUGCGAAGGUACCUCAGCCAGCGCUUAGACCAGCUGGCUGAAAAGGACGACGACUUUGCGGUUAACUUGAAGGAGGCGGCGAGAGCUGCUGCUGGAAAAGUAAACAACUAUCACGUUGCGGCUCAGAAAGGCUUAAGCACGGCGUUCACGAGGUCGUUCCUCGAAUCACCGGGUAGCAACGGGUCUCUGGUUACCAUUCAAGAAGUUCACUCAGGUCUCCUGAAGAGAGGUAUCGUCGACGUCGUUCUGGAGACCGACGCUCAUACCCAGCAGAUCUUUUCCCUGGGACUAUUCGCCGGUGGUUUGGGCGGAUUCGUUUCCUCGUCUGACAACGAAGUCGCCGGUACCCCGACUGAAGAAGAAGUAGCAACAGCCGGCAUGGAAAUCGCACUUCUCGGAGUUGGAAUACGCCCGUUUGUCUUCUUCUCUGGACAAGGCGAGCUCAUGGGCCACGUUUGGUCAGGAACAGCGUCGACUCGGACAUCAGCCUUUCAAACACUUGCAGCCCUACAUCACCACAAGGAAAUGUUGCCUCUGGCUUCCGGCUUCCUAACGGAAAUCGACGCUGAGGGUGCCAUCAGCUUCGAUCUCGCUGGUCAAGUGCAGCUGAGUCUUUGGUCGAGGAACGCUCAGUCCUUGGUUGAAAUGGCAGCUGGUGUUGCCGUCCACGGAGCCUCUAGGGUUCGCUCAAAAUUCGUGCAAAGUACAGCGGAAUUCACGCUGACUGUUGAGCCGAAACUCGAGCUCUCUACCGACCUUGACUUUUCGGGUCCAGUAUCGUUGUGCAUGAGACUCACACAGCCCCAGUCAACAGCCAGACAUCACGUUUACAAGAUUGAGAGGAUACCCGGGAGCAGGCAUAAGUUGAGAAAGACGAGGAGGUCGAGGGUUUCGACCCCGGCAAAGUCGUACCUACUGAACAGAAAGAAUAGCGAAAUGUGCUCAAAAGUGUUCGCAUCAUAGUGACUGAAAACUGUUGAUUUUUUAUUUUUACGAGUAUGUAUACGGAGCAGAUUUCUCAUAAGGUGAAUUACUAUAAUCUGUGUGUGUAUUGUGUUAAGGAACGGUGAUGAACAACGUGUUUCGAGAACUAGUUAACACUACACGAGUGUACGAGAACACUCUGUAUCCUCUAUGUGUUUUUGUACCAUAUAUACUGAUUAUGUUGAUUGAUUAAAUUUAUAUUGUUUUACGAGUAA